GUGGCGAGUGUGAACCACAGGGUAUGGCUCCUUCUUUACGAGUCCUCUUGCCAGGCGUAGAAGAAGGGGUGGUCUUGUGCUGACGCGUGCACAUGUAGGUCCGCCGCAUGACGAAGACGGGCAACAUCGCCACCAUCGUCAUCUCUGCCGUGUGUCUCGCGCUGUGGAUUGCGACGACCGCAUACUACGCUUCCUGGGAUACUACGGAGACGCAUUGGGAUUUGAUGUCGUGGUCCUGUAGACAUCACGUGGCGCAAGCGAGCUACAACCACGUCAACUAUGGGGAGAUUUGCAUCGAGAUGCGCUUCGCUUUCUGGGCUGCUGUGGGCUUAGCGGCUCUCGAGCUGGCCAAUUUGCUACUGUUUGUUGUGUGGUGCGUUAAGACAAGGCGGGCGAGGCAGUAUGCGAGGCUUAGCGGGUGAAAAGGGACACACAGGUGAUGCUCACGUCGGGCUUGCAGACGGAUUGAAUCUAUGUCAGUCUUAUCUUUCACUCCGCCUUUGUACCAUAUUAUACC